AUCCAAACUGCACCCCGCAACCAUUUGUCCCAAGCUUUAUUUUCUUCGAUGGACCAAUCACAGUGCCCGGCUAGGCCGCGUCACUGACAUUGCAUCCAAUCGGCGCAUGCGUCUCACGAGCGAGCGCAGCUUGGGAAAGAUGGCGGCGGGCUCCGAUUUGCUAGAUGAUGUUUUCUUCAACACAGAGGUGGACGAAAAAGUAGUGAGUGAUCUAGUUGGAUCUCUGGAGUCUGAACUAACGGGAGCAGGACGUGUCAACACACCGACCAGGGUCCAGUCUGCAGCAAAUCACUUUGGCAACUCAGCUGUAGGCAGUAAUCCCAAUGUUCAGGGCAGAAACAUGGGACUUUCACAACAAGAGCUUGCUAAAGCAGGAACAGGAGUGCAAGGAGGUGUCAUUAACAGUACGGGGUCCCCCGGUUCAAGCAUGGAUGGAUCUGCCGGCACCACAUCGGGCAUGCCGGCCACUCAGAGUCAGUCCAAGCCUGGGACAGCUAGCGGAGUCGUGACGGCAGUAUUGGGUGUUGGGAAACAUGAAACGACUAGUGUUCAAACUUUGAAUGGAAGUGCCGUAAUGAUGAACUGUCAUGUCACUGGAGGCAGCAGCGGCAACAACUCCCAGCCUGUCGUCACGCUUGUCAACAACGGACCUGUUUCUGCGAUCAAAGGAAGCGCAACAGUUUUGUCUGCAACACCAAGUACUAUUAUACGAACUUAUUCAACGAGUGCGCCGAAUGCUGUGAUCUCGUCUCAGCCAUCUGUAAAAAGUGUACCCACAGUCACGCUUGUGAGACCACCUAUGCAAACUCCCACCAACACCUCACACAUCGGAGGCAACACAACCACAGUUUUAACAGCACCAGCCGUCAGUGUCACCAGCACUGCAGGCUCGCUCGUCAACAAAUUUGACUCCACAAAAACUAUAAUGCAGACUGGUGCGCACGUUAUGGCUUCAACUGUUGCGACACCGACCAUUAGGAGCCCGACUGUUUUGCAAAACUUGAGGACUUCACUACCGUCAACAAUCGCUGUCACCCCUCCUGGUGGAAUACGAGCUAUUGCUCCACAGGUGUUGGCUCCUCGACUCACUCAGCCUCAACAAAACGCCCCAAAUAUCCAAAACAUCCAGCUCCCUCCAGGCAUGGUCUUGGUUCGCAGUGAGAGUGGGCAGCUGCUGGUGAUUCACCAGCAGACCUUGGCUCAGAUGCAGGCUCAGUCGCAGUCCCAAAGCGCCAUGACACCACGACCUGCAGCCCCAACCAGCACGCCACCUGUACAGAUCUCUUCUUUACAGGCUCCAGGUGCGUCACUGCUGGCUCGUCCGGUUACCCCCACCACCAUUAUUAAACACGGUUCCACAGGCCAGACAACUGUGACGGCCACCACCACACUGCAGAGGCCUCCUGUACUGCAGAACACCAUCAUGCUGGGAGGAAGUGCCACCACCCCGGGACAGCCAGUAGGAACGCCCACCACAGCAACAGCAGUUACACAGAGGGUAACCGGGACCCCUGUCACUCCAACAGCUAUCACAGCUGAGACGCUGGAGAAUGUUAAAAAGUGUAGAAACUUCCUGUCCACGUUGAUCAAGUUAGCAUCCAGUGGGAAACAGUCCACUGAGACUACGGCCAACGUCAAGGAGCUGGUCAAGCACUUACUGGAAGCGAAGAUAGAGCCUGAAGGUUUCACCAGUAGGUUAUACCAGGAGCUCAGCUCCUCACCACAGCCGUACCUUGUGCCUUUCCUGAAGAGGAGUCUCCCAGCACUGCGUCUGAUGACCCCAGACGCCGAUUCCUUCAUCCAUCAGAGCCUGCUGCCUCUGCCCAGCCCUCAGCCUGCCGCAACAGCCUCCACGGCCCUCACCGAGGUGAUGCUGCGUCCUCCUCUCUCCACGGCCACCACCACGGCCACCAGCACUGCCGCGACCAAAACCACAGUUAUCAGCCUCACUCAGACGCCUCACAGUAAACCUGGACUGAUAGUGCCCCAGCAACAGGGCACAAUGGUGAGGCCACAGGUGACGCUGUCUCAGUCUCCCAUGGUAACACUCAGAGGACAAUCUCAUAGCCGUAUCAUCGUGGGCCAGCCGCAGAUGAUCAGACAGCUACAGACAGCAGUGAAGCAGACGUUCGCUCCAGGGGCCAAAGGAGUGCAAGUAGUCAGUCAGGCCCCUCUCACUGCUGCUCAGAAGAACAGACUGAGGGAAACAGGAGGGGGAGCCUUCAGGGAUGACGAUGAUAUCAAUGAUGUGGCCUCCAUGGCAGGAGUCAACUUGUCGGAGGAGAGCGCCCGUAUCUUAGCAACCAACUCUGAGCUUGUUGGCAUGGUGACUCGCUCCUGUAAGGACGAGGCGUUCCUCUCCACGUCUCUGCUCACCCGGAGAGCUCUGGAGAUCGGUAAGAAGUUUGGCGUCGGCGACUUGGGCGCAGAUGUGAUCAACUGCAUUUCACACGCCGCACAGCAGCGACUACAAAACCUGCUGGAAAGGGUGUCACAGGUGGCACAGCAAAGAAACACAGCCUUCAAGGAGGACGCGCAGUGUCAGCAGGUCAGCGAUGUGCGCACCCAGCUUCGAUUCUUCGAGCAGCUGGAUCAGAUGGAGAAGCAAAGGAAGGAAGAGCUGGAGAGAGAGAUUCUCUUGAAGGCUGCCAAGUCUCGGUCACGGCAAGAGGACCCCGAGCAGCUCAGACUCAAACAGAAGGCCAAAGAGAUGCAGCAACAGGAGCUGGCUCAGAUCAGACAGAGAGAAGCCAACCUAACGGCGCUGGCAGCAAUCGGCCCGAGGAAAAAACGGAAAAUGGACUCUCCUGUUCGGGCCGCCGGUGCAGAGUGCUCAGGCUCGGACCCCUCUCAGCCCGGAGGCUCCAGUGGAUCAGGCUCCAGACAGUUUAUGCGUCAGCGCAUCACCAGAGUCAACCUCAGGGACCUGCUCUUCUGCCUGGAGAAUGAAAAAGGGACCAGUCACUCACACCUGCUCUACAAAGGCUUCCUCAAAUAGCACCCGCGUGACAAUGACUGGUCUCGCUCAGACCCUCUCUGCCGGUACUUCCUUUGAUCACACACGGCUGAACGAAAGUCUGUCCGUGGGGAGAGAAUGAACUGAAACCCCCCCCCCCCCCCGAAGAGACGUCUUCUUCUAGGAGUCUCUUCGAGCACAGCUGUUUUGUAUUUUCAGAGGAGCAAAUAUUUGAACUCAGCCCUGAUUUCAGUGUGCCUCUCAGCUAGGUUGGCUUUCUAGAGACCAGUUGCACCCAACCACACUUCAGUCAUGCACUGCCUCAUGCUACACACAAGAGAAAUGUCUUCGACUGAACUGAGCACUUCACACCCGGAGGCCCCCGUCGGUGCCAUUUCUACUGACAUCCGUGUUGUAGCAGAAGAUCUCUGCGAUCUUCUAUUUUAGAUUAAUGUUCAACAUUCAGGUGCAACAGCCUGAUUUUUCUUUUUUCUUUUUUUUUUUACAAAACUGCAGUCAUUUUGCUAACUCUCUGUUUAAGUUCUUAACAGGGUUUUGAAUUCAUCCCACAUUUCUACUGUGUUUUGGCACAGUUUCAAGGCCUGCGGAUUGUUUUACAGAGACUAACCUUGACUAGCCUUGUCAUCUGUUGAGUUGCCUUCUUAACAAAUUAAGCCAUAUUACAAUGUGUUGCUCCGCUUCAGUAACUUCAUCCAUCCAACAGUUCUCUCCAGAUGUGUCGGAUGGGUCCUUUAAUGUGUGCGUCCUUUGUCUUCGCUCGGUUGGAAUCAGAAACGAUUGUGGGGGGUUUUGUUUUUUUGGUCCAUGCGCAUGAUGGGAUCAAGCGUUGGCGUUUGAACUCUCGUAACUAUAUCGCUUUUUGCUGUGAGAGUUCCCGACACUAGCGCUUUUACUACAAAGACUACAUAUGCUUUACAUUUCUGCGCGUCAUUUUCUGAAGCACAGCAUACUCGUUGAGAUGUGUUCCCAACCUCGCAAGCAGUCGGUAGUUAAAAUUCAACUAAAAUAACUCAAUCUAAAUUGUUAGUCAGCGCUUUAUCAUGGCACACAUGUUCUGGUGUGUUAACGUACGGGUCGCUGUGCGCUGAUGUAGAAGAUCCAAGAACAAUGAAAGAUUUACCGUAUGAAAAUGAUAAAGUGGAUUUGGCUCCAAGUGUCGUCCAAAGAGCGACAGGCUUUUAAAAAAAGGGUAAUGUUUAAGUGAGCUUUGACUCAAACACAUUUGUGGAGGAGGUUCACUGUGAAUGAUUGUCUCGUCUCAAACACAUUUUAGUUUCUGCUUUAGUUCCAUAACAAAGAUAAUAAAACCUUGAGCGUGCUCUGGUAUGAAUGGGGAAACGAAGUGGUUGUUAGUAAUGUAAAGUAUCCAGGCUGUGUAGCUCAUAGGUUAUAAUGUGAAUUUUAAAUAGUCAUAAGUGAAUCUGACAUUUUCCAAUAAGUUGCAUGUCCACAUGUUUAUGUUUAUGAACGACGGAGGAUGAUCAUGUUGGGUAAACACGGGCAUGAAAUGCAGAAGGACGACUGCACAGAUCACUUUUUUAAAAACUGGUCGAUCAGAUACACAUACCCACUUUCUAACUUUUUAUAUUUUUAGUGCACAUACUCAUUUUGGUCUUUAUACCUUUUUUGUCAUUUUCUGAAAGAAUGUUUAUUAGCACAUUUUAUUACUGUAUAUAUUUAAGUUUGCUUUUUUGUAGGUUUAUCAGUUGACGACUUAAAAUUGGGCAAAUGUGUUCAUAUAGACGACCGUAGAUAUGACAAACACAUGAUACUUUCCUGCCAAUGUCUUGUACAUUUUGCACAGCUCUUUGUUUAUAUGUAAAUAUCUGAAUUUAAAAAAAGUUUUUUUAAUUGCUAUUUUAUAAUGGAUUGAAAGAGGAUGAUCUCUAUUAAAAGAAAAAAACAA